AUGGCACCUCAACGUUACCCCGUUCGUAAUGAAAACUACGGAAACCAUCGUCAUGGCAACCUUGAUGACGAAUUCCCACCUCCACCUCCACCAUUUAAUGAUGGAGGACCUUUAGUAGCUGAAGCCUGGAUUACGGAUAUCCAGCUAUUGCAUGAGACGCUGGGCUGUACUGAUGAGCAAAAGGUUAGGUAUACAAGACUAAGGAUAACUGAUGAAGCUGCAAGAUGGUGGAAGUCUAAGAAAGGACUCUUAGGAAUAGAGUUGGGACGUGGAGUUGCUAUCCCUUGGGAUAGGUUUGUAGAAGAAUUCAAUGGGCGCUUCUUUCCGAGGGCACAAAGGCAGAUGCGGGCCAUCGAAUUCCAGAAUCUGGUACAAGGCGCUAUGACGGUAGAGCAAUAUUCCUCUAAGUUUAUUGAACUAGCAAGGUUUGGCCUCAACCUAAUCCUGGAUGAAGAAUCAAAGGCAGAACGUUUCGAAAAUGGCCUUAAUCCUCGUAUUAAGGAAAGAGUCAUGUGCCACGAAAUCAGAGGCUUUGUCAAACUGGUCGAUAUAGCAUCAGUUGCUGAAAGGGGAAUGCGCGAAUCAUCUGCCGCUUACGAACUAAAGAGGCGAGCAGCGUCGCAGGUGACAUACCCAUCCAAACGACCUGCACUUAGUACUGGAAGCAGACCGGUUGAGAAGAGGAAUUUCCCUCUUACAGCAGGGAAUCAGACGCUUACAUGCCACAAGUGCGGGAAGGUGCAUGCUAGAGGGUGCAUGGCAAAUGAACCAAACUGCUUCAGGUGUGGUCAAUUUGGCCACUUCAAGAGGAAUUGUCCACUGGAUACCCCAAGAGGAUCCCGACCCCCAGGAAGCAACUUCCCACCAAGGCGACCUGCCCAAGCGAGGGUGUAUACCUUAACUCCGGUUGAGGUAGACGAAGAAGAAGAAUGA